AUGGUUCUCGCCCAAAGACAAAAGGAAGAGCUUAAUCGGGCAAUAGCUGAUUAUCUGUCUUCCAAUGGAUAUCAUCAAGCAUUCAACGCAUUUAAAGAGGAGGCCACAAUAGUUCUGGAUCUCGAAGCUAAAUUAAAUGAAGCUGAGCGUGAAUUCCAGUCCAUGCAGGCUGCUGCUGGGUUUGUUCCACCCGGAGCUGCUCCUGGUAGCGGUUUAACUGGACGAGGCGAUCGCCGUGCGGCUGAUGCGAUUCCUCGACCACCUGCCAAAUUUACUCUCACAGGUCAUCGUUCACCCGUUACGCGCGUUGUCUUUCAUCCCCAUUACAAUGUCUUUGUCUCCGCUAGCGAAGAUGCCACAAUUAAAGUAAGUUUCCUUGGUCUACUUGGUAGCCAGUGGUCACCAGUGUUCAUGUUUAUGCAUCACUGUCGUGUGACGAUGUUCAGCUUGCUGUCAAUUACCGUAGGCCAGUAG